AUGCCGUCUCGAGGCACGCAUGUGAUGAAAUACAGGGAGGGUCUGUAUAAUAAAGCCUUUCUUUUAAUGCUCAAUGAUGGAUCCGAAGUGGUUGCAAGGCUGCCAAACCCGAAUGCAGGACCACCAGUUUUCACUACCGCUAGUGAAGUUGCCACAAUGGAAUAUGUACGAGAAAUCCUUGGUCUACCUGGUCUACGGGUUCUACGUUGGAGUUCUGACUCCUCAAACCCUGUCGGAAGUGAAUACAUCAUUAUGGAAAAGGCGAAAGGGAUUCCUCUUGGCGAUACCUGGUACCAACUCUCUACCCUCUCCAAGCACAAAUUUAUGAAACAAGUGGUGGAAUUAGAGACAAAACUGGCUGCAGUGCCUUUCACUGAACACGGCUGCAUAUAUUACGCACAAAAUGCACCCAGAGAGCGACCCAAAAAUGAAUACCCGCUUUAUGGCGAUGAUCUAAAGAAGUUUUGCAUCGGCCCAGUCGUGGACCCAAUUCUUUGGUAUGAUGAGCGGACUGAGAUAGAACUGAAUCGAGGGCCUUGGCACCACUUAUCCGAUCAUGCGACAAGCAUUGGUACCAACGAGAGAACGUGGGCAAUGCAGUAUGCAAAACCACGUAUGAACUACUACCGAAGCAACACCAAUUCUGAGAUGCGUGAUGAAUACAUCGACCUUAUCGAGAAGUAUCUGCUGGUUGUUCCGCACUUAACGCAAUGUGAACCUGACUGCGCGGAUCUCUUGCAACCAACAUCGUGGCACAAUGACCUCCAUCUCAACAAUAUCUACGUUGACCUCAAUACAGAAACGAUUACUGAUAUAAUCGAUUGGCAGAGUACCACUGUUGCUCCGUUGCUCUUGCAAGCGAAGGUGCCUCGGAUGGCUCGGCACAUCACCCCACUCCCGCUAGGCUGGACGCUAUCCCAAAAGGAUAAGCUCAAGGCAGACAGACUCUAUGAGAGCGCCCUAUGCCAUAAAUACCAUGAAGUUUGUACUGCUAAGAAGAACCCACGACACUACGCUGCUCUGAGUCACAACGACACGUGGAAAUCACCUCUUAUUCUACCAAUGAAAUCAAUAAGCGGGGCUUGGUCCUCGAGAGAAAUGCAGCCUGUAGCAGAUUACCCUAUUUCCUUCACAGAAGAAGAAAGAAACUUGAAUAACGAAGAGAUGGAGAAUCGUGACUACAUUGAGGGACUUAUGGAAGAGUUCCAAGAUGCAGGUAUAUUGCCAAGUGAUAGGAUCGUUGAUCCUGAGGAUUAUGAGGUUGUGCAGAAGACGAAUGGCGCACAAAAGGAAAAGUUCAUGUCGUUAGCAGAGGAUGAGGAACAGAGAGAGUGGAUGGACAAGAUCUGGCCUUACCAGGACCGACCCAGUGAAACUUGA